AUGGUGUUCGCAUUUUGGAAGGUCUUUCUGAUCCUAAGCUGCCUUGCAGGUCAAGUUAAUAUGGUGCAGGUGACCAUCCCAAACAGUGUUGUGAAUGUGACUGUUGGAUCCGAUGUUACACUUGUCUGCACCUACACCAGCACUGUGGCCUCCCGGGACAAGCUCUCGAUCCAGUGGUCAUUCUUUCACAAGAAGGACUUACCGCCAGCUUCUCACAGCCCGUGCCUCAAUACUGAGGGUAUGGAGGAAAAGGCAGUCAGUCAGUGUCUAAAUAUGGCGCAUGCAAGAGACGCUCGGGGAAGAUGUAGCUGGACCUCUCAGAUUUACUAUUCUGAAGGUGGACAAGCUGUAGCCAUCGGGCAAUUUAAAGAUCGAAUUGUAGGGUCCAACGAUCCAGAUAACGCAUCUAUCACCAUUUUGCAUAUGCAACCAGCAGAUAGUGGUGUCUACAUCUGUGAUGUUAACAACCCCCCUGACUUUGUCGGAAAAAAUCAAGGCAUCCUCCAAGUCAAUGUGUUAGUCAAACCGUCUAAGCCCUUUUGCAGCAUCCAAGGAGUCCCAGAAACUGGCCAUCCGAUAUCUCUUUCCUGCCUCUCUGUGCUUGGGACACCUUCCCCUGUGUACUACUGGUAUAGACUCGAAGGUGGAGACAUCAUCCCAGUGAAAGAAAACUUCAACCCAGCCACUGGGACUUUGGUUAUUGGAAAUCUGACCAGUUUUGAACAAGGUUAUUACCAGUGCACGGCUAGCAACAACCUUGGCAACAGUUCCUGCGAAAUUGAUCUAACUUCUUCCCAUCCGGAAGUUGGAAUCAUUGUUGGGGCGCUGGUAGGUACCCUAGUGGGUGCUGCCAUUAUCAUCGCUGUUGUGUGCUUCGCAAGGAGCAAGGCAAAGGCCAAGGCAAAGGGGAAGGAGAGGAAGAGAAAUUCAAAAACCAGCACAGAACUCGAACCAAUGACAAAGAUAAACCAGAGUACAGAGCUCGAGGCAAUGCCAGCCGAACACGUUCUCCAACUAGAAGCCACUCUGCCACCUUCUGGCCAGGAGAAUGACCCCGAUACCGUCCUGGGGCCAGAUCACGAGCCUACCCCCGAGCCCGCCCCACAGCCUGUCCCGGUGCCUGAGCUCGAGAUGGAGCUGGAGCCCGAGCCCAAGCCCGAGCCGGAGUCUGAGCCCGAGCCCGGGAUUGUAAUGGAGCCCUUGUGUGACAGGGAAAAGGGAGUGAAUAGGCCAUAGGCUGCUAGCCUAAGUACAGCGUUCAUCAGUAAGGAACCCAUUACUGGCAUUUGGA